AAGCACAGGGAACAACAGUACGAUGAAACAAAAACCGGUACGCGGGUUGAGGGCUCUGAUCCGCAUUGAUAUAGCAAUUUGUAGCCGGUUUUACGAGAGCAAACCUUUUCGCUUUUGAGAAAUGGUUGGUGGUUUUGUAGGUAGGCUUUCUCGUAUGCAAACACGGUGGUACCAUCAAUUGACGAUUGUCCGCGUAGCUAUACGGACGCAACAUCAAAUCGUUCUCUCAUUAGUAGAACAAUCGAGUACGAGUGAGUUACAACUAUUGUGAAGUGUACUUUCAAGGGUUGACCGAAACAACCAGUGCAAUGAUACUGGCUACUUCAAAUAUCGUGCGCUCUGUGAUCACUAUUGGAGCGUUGUUGCUUCUGUCCGAUGUCUUUGGUGUGAAGCUGAAGGAAAAAUUUAAGUGGCGUGAAGUUUCGUUCGCUUGGCCCUCAGAAGAUGCUAAGGUGGCUGCCUUGAAUUCCGGCAAAUACAUCGUUCACAACAAUCUGCCUCUGGGUUUAGAACGAUGGCGUGACAAACUGUUUAUUACUGUCCCAAGGUGGAAGACGGGUGUAGCCGCUUCGCUGACAUAUGUUAACGUUUCCGACGGGAUAAGUCCUGAUUUGCGCCCUUAUCCAGGGUGGACUGAAAAUGAACUCCCAACAGAGCGUAAUGAUGGUUCAGGCUCCAAUUUUUUGAAAAAUAAUGCCACAAUUAUAUCAACAUUCCGCGUCCGCGCCGAUGAGUGUGACCGUCUUUGGGUCAUGGAUACCGGACUUGCAGACAUUCUUGGUGAUGCUGUUCAAUAUGCUCCUCCUUCACUUGUGCUUUUUGACUUGUACACAGAUAAACUCAUUCGACGACACUUCUUCAACAGCACACUGCUUAAAGAGGAUUCAUUUUUUGCCAAUGUUAUUGUCGAUACCGAGCGUGGAGAUUGCGAUAAUGCGCAUGCCUAUAUUCCAGACUUGGGAAGCUACGCAGUAAUCGUGUACUCUUUGGCAGAAGAUCGAUCGUGGCGUGUAAAGCAUAACUUCUUCCAUUUUGAUCCUCUCGCCGGCGAUUACAACAUCGGUGGUGUUAAUUUUCAAUGGACUGAUGGUGUUUUCGGUAUGGCUGUCGGAAAACGCUUGCAGGACGGAACGAGGCCCAUCUAUUUCCACGCAUUUUCAAGCACCAAGGAAUUUAUGGUAUCAAACAUGGUGCUGCAAAAUGAAUCAUAUGCACAGAGCCCACAAGCAUACUACGACUAUAAACUGUUGGGUGAUCGUGGACCAAACUCGCAGUCAUCCGCAGAGUUUUAUGAUUCGGAAACGGGUGUAAUUUUUUACACGCAGGUCAACAAAGAUGGUGUGGGAUGCUGGAAUACGAUAAUGCCACUGAAUGCAGACACUCAAGGGUUAGUGGAUUCCGACAGUGACGCGUUAGUAUUUCCGAACGAUUUAAAAGUAGACAACGAAGGGACAUUGUGGGUACUCUCUGAUCGCUUGCCUAUGUUUAUUUUUACCAGUUUAGACGCAGAACAGUACAAUUAUCGUAUUUUAGUAGGAGAAACACGAGAAAUUAUUAAGGGUACACCGUGCGAUAAGUAAGACUAUUUCCUCUGGGUAUUUUCACCAGGAAAAGAACCAUUAACCAUUCAAACUUUCCUUUAACUAAUGCAUUCGUUGAUUUCAAAAUAAAUAUUUGUGAACAAAGAUCUUUGCGUAGCCCAAUA